AUGACCCACCCUGUUCUCGCUCUCCUCAGCAUCGGGCUCUCGAUAUGCAUCGUCCUGCGCUGGCAGUCAACGGGCCCCUGGACGGACUUCUUCCAGCUUAUCAUCCUCGCCGCACUCUCCAUGAAGGUUCUUGCUUGGAUAAUUUGGGCCUCGCUGUGGGAGGGCUGGGAGUGGGUGGAGGAUGAUGAUGAUGAAUAUGAAGACGAGGAGAGAGAAAUAAGAGAAUACUGGCGUAUGAGGGAUGAGGAAGAAAUGAGUGGGAUGGUGGGAAGCGUGAUAGAUGGGGAGGAAGGAGAAUAA